GAGCGGCCGCCCGCCCGCGCACACGCCGCCAUGUGAGCAGCGCCGCGUCCUCGCAGGACGGAAACUUUCCCGGCGGCGGCGGCGCCCCAACUUCCCGCCCCGCCCGGGCCCGCCGCUCGGCAAGGAGACCCCCUAAAGCAGUUAACAGGUCAUGGCACGUUUAACAAAAAGACGACAGGCGGAUACAAAAGCUAUCCAGCAUCUUUGGGCAGCCAUUGAGAUUAUACGGAACCAGAAGCAAAUUGCCAACAUUGACCGUAUUACAAAGUACAUGUCUCGAGUCCACGGUAUGCAUCCAAAAGAGACCACCCGUCAGCUGAGCUUGGCUGUGAAAGAUGGUCUUAUUGUUGAAACUCUCACUGUGGGCUGCAAAGGUUCAAAAGCUGGUAUUGAACAAGAAGGAUAUUGGUUGCCAGGAGAUGAAAUUGCCUACAGUAUGCAGCCUUUCUCCAGGACAGCAACCCCAAACAAGGACUGGGAAACAGAAAAUCAUGACUGGUAUUGUUUUGAAUGCCAUUUGCCUGGAGAGGUGUUGAUAUGUGACCUGUGUUUUCGUGUGUAUCAUUCCAAGUGUUUGUCUGAUGAGUACAGGCUUAGAGACAGCAGUAGUCACUGGCAGUGCCCAGUUUGCAGGAGCAUCAAGAAGAAAAAUACAAACAAACAAGAGAUGAGCACAUACCUGAGGUUCAUUGUCUCCCGCAUGAAGGAGAGGGCUAUAGACCUUAAUAAAAAGGGAAAGGACAGCAAACACCCGAUGUACCGGAGGCUGGUGCAUUCAGCGGUCGACGUCCCCACCAUACAAGAGAAAGUGAAUGAAGGGAAAUACCGAAGUUAUGAAGAGUUCAAAGCUGAUGCUCAGCUACUUCUCCACAACACAGUGAUUUUCUAUGGAGCAGACAGUGAGCAAGCUGACAUAGCAAGGAUGCUGUAUAAAGAUACCUGUCAUGAGCUGGAUGAGUUACAACUUUGCAAGAACUGCUUCUAUUUGUCAAAUGCUCGUCCUGACAAUUGGUUCUGCUAUCCUUGCAUACCUAAUCAUGAACUGGUUUGGGCUAAGAUGAAAGGUUUUGGAUUCUGGCCAGCCAAGGUCAUGCAGAAGGAGGACAAUCAGGUUGACGUCCGCUUCUUCGGUCACCACCAUCAAAGGGCUUGGAUUCCUUCUGAAAACAUACAGGACAUCACAGUCAAUGUCCAUCGGCUGCAUGUUAAACGCAGUAUGGGUUGGAAAAAGGCUUGUGAUGAGCUGGAACUGCAUCAGCGUUUCCUUCGUGAAGGAAGAUUUUGGAAGUCUAAGAAUGAGGACCGUGGAGAGGAGGAGGCAGAAUCUAGUAUCUCCUCUACCAGCAAUGAGCAACUAAAGGUCACUCAGGAACCAAGAGCAAAGAAAGGGCGACGUAAUCAAAGUGUGGAACCCAAAAAAGAAGAACCAGAGCCUGAAACUGAAGCAGUCAGUUCCAGCCAGGAAAUCCCCGCAUUGCCUCAGCCAAUCGAAAAAGUUUCAGUGUCAACUCAGACCAAGAAGUUAAGUGCCUCUUCACCAAGAAUGCUGCAUCGAAGCACCCAGACCACCAGUGAUGGAGUGUGUCAAAGCAUGUGCCACGACAAAUACACCAAAAUUUUCAAUGACUUUAAAGACCGAAUGAAGUCUGAUCACAAGCGAGAAACUGAAAGAGUUGUACGAGAAGCUCUGGAAAAGCUGCGUUCUGAAAUGGAAGAAGAAAAAAGACAAGCUGUAAACAAGGCUGUUGCCAAUAUGCAGGGUGAGAUGGACAGAAAAUGUAAACAAGUAAAGGAAAAGUGUAAAGAAGAGUUUGUAGAGGAAAUCAAGAAGCUAGCAACACAGCACAAACAACUAAUUUCUCAGACCAAGAAGAAGCAGUGGAAACUUCUGAGCACACAAAUUCUCCACAGAUCUCAGUGCUACAACUGCGAGGAGGAGGCCAUGUACCACUGCUGCUGGAACACCUCCUACUGCUCCAUCAAGUGCCAGCAGGAGCACUGGCACGCCGAGCACAAGCGCACCUGCCGCCGGAAAAGAUGAGGAGGCCCGCGAGGCGCCGCCUGCUCUUCUCAGACACAACGGUUUUUGUUUCCCAGAAGCCAAACUUGUUUAGAAUUUGCUUCCCGUUUGCACCAGCCUUUAAACACUUUCCGUGAAGAGGUUUUGCACAGUUUAAAUCUUUUGUUAAUGUCCCUCUGAAAUUUUUCGGGGGUAAAAGUAACAUCAGUGGAGGGUAUUAUUUUAAAUAAAAUUUAAUUGAGAAUUUGUUGCAUUUACAGCAAAUUUUAAAACAUUUUUAGGUUUUACAGAGAUUUUAACCUUUAAACAACAGAUCUUUAAAAAAAAACAACUGGUGAACACUGAGUUUAACAAACCUUUAAAAUAGAUCUGAAUGUAAGAACUACAGGACUGUUUCAGAAAUAAAACAUACUACCUUGAUGUGAAAUUUAUUUCUUAACCUUGUUGAGCUGGUUUUGUUCAGCUUAAUUUACUGUUUAAAGGCAUUAUCUAUUGGUUAUGCCAGUGGGUAUAUGAUUGAAUUUAGGGAACAGGGUUGACACAGCAGGUGCUAGUCCUGCAUAUUUUUUCUUAAAUAUUUCCCAAUUGUGUUUUUCAUUUUCUUUUCAAUAUAUAACUUUUAUAACAAAUUAUUAGCUUUGAUCUCGUAGUUUAAAAUUGCAGGGAACUGGGUAAUCUUUUACUGAGCUGGAUCUUAGAGAAAAUGAAUAUUUAAAUUUUAAAGUUUGCACAUUUCAUCUUUAUCCUAACAUGAGUGCUUGUAACAAAAUAAACAACAAAAAUAAGCCAAAAACUACCUUAAUCCAUACAUGAAAUUAUAGAUGGGGCAUACAAAUUUAUUUACUGCUUCCCUUCCCUCCCCAAAUAUCGAUUGCCUAUUAUCUGGUGUCACCUCAUAUAUUAUAAGUUAAUGCUAAAAGGAAAGAAAGCACUUAAGUUUCACAGAAGCCGUUAUGUUUGUGGUAAUGGGUCAUUGCCUACUAAUGAACCCCAUCACUGUACACAGAAUGAAGAAUAAUGCAUGUUAAUUUUCUUGUAUUAAAGAUGCUGUGGUUUGUAAAAAGUC